UAAACGUGGACACUGCAGCGUCUGUCUGUCAGAGCGCGUGCGCGAGCUUUAUGUAACGCGGGCUGAUCUGAAGCGAUCCGUGGACUAGCGACUGCUAGGAAACUUUGCUCAUUCAUCUUUUCCCUAAAGACGGGGUGAGGGGUCCGGGCCGCGCUGCGCUACUCCGCGCGUGUUACGUAACUGGCAGAGGGCCGGAGGGCGCCGCGACUUCUACUCCAGCCUUGCCCGCGAGCGGUCCUGUGGACGCACCGCAGCCGCACGUAUUCGCGCCCUCGCCGAGAGUUGGCGCGCCGCGACCCCCGUUCGACAUCAGCCACGCUUCGCGCCUAACGCACUGCGUUUUUUCUUUGUUCUAAUUUCCCGCGAUUCCGCUCUUAACUUGAAUACUCUACUUUUACUACACUUCACGACUGAACCGAUAACGAACUCAAUCAUUGAGGGAAUAGAGUUAGUGGUUCCUGAUAUUUUUGUAAUGGAGUGUGUGUGGUCUGGGUGCUACCGGAAGAUAAAUACAAAACGCUAAAAGGUAGUCCGUCGUGUGAGGAGAAGAGUAAUAUGUAAAACGUGACUGCGAGUGUCGACCAAGUGACUUGGCACCGCAGUCCGCCGUCAGGUAGCCGCCGCCAUGGGCAAAAAGAACUCUAAACUCAAACAAGACACAAUCGAUCGGCUGACCACCGCCACUUACUUUACGGAGAAGGAAAUCCGUCUUUGGCACAAAGGUUUCCUGAAAGAUUGUCCGAACGGAUUGCUGACCGAACAGGGUUUCAUCAAGAUCUAUAAGCAGUUUUUCCCUCAAGGCGACCCGAGCAAAUUUGCCUCGCUGGUAUUCCGAGUGUUCGACGAAAACAAUGACGGAUCAAUCGAGUUUGAGGAAUUUAUAAGAGCGUUAUCAGUCACGUCACGGGGAAAUCUAGAUGAAAAAUUACAUUGGGCCUUCCGUCUAUACGACGUGGACAACGACGGAUACAUUACGCGAGACGAAAUGUACAACAUAGUCGACGCGAUCUAUCAGAUGGUGGGACAGACGCCUCAGCCGGAGGACGAGAACACGCCACAAAAACGCGUGGACAAGAUCUUCGACCAGAUGGACAAGAACCACGACGACCGGCUGACGCUCGAGGAGUUCCGCGAGGGCAGCAAGGCAGACCCGCGCAUAGUGCAGGCGCUGUCGCUGGGGGGCGAUUAAUCCACGGUCAUCCUCUCGCCGGACUUCACAUUUUCUUAGAGCUACCAACGCAACACCGCACCGCCGUGUCGUUGGGUACCUACCUACCUUCGCCUUUCCCAUAUCCCGGUACCACCGAGCAAAGCACAUCGACCGAAUAGAUAUAUCAUUUAUUUACUUAUUAAUAUCUAUUAU